AUGUCUUGUAUUUACCCCGAUGGAAACUUGAAGAAACUAAUGGAACCUUCUCCACUCCCUUUAACCGGAAAGAACUUCCUCCUCACACAACACGCAGACACUGUUCUUGCAAAACUCAAUGUGGGAUCGUCUCUCCAGCUACAGGUAGUCAUGGAGAAUCUUAAUUUGGUGUCUCAACAACACAAGAGCAAAUGCACUUUCAUAACCAGCGACCUCACGGGCUGCUACAGUUGUAUUUAUGGAGCUACAUUCGACCUUGUCUGCACUACUAGUGAUGGCGAAACUACGGCGCUCAUCUCCUGUCCAGACGAGACUCAAAUAGCAAAAUGCUCCACACGAGGACAACAUCUCAAUCGAUUGAUUCUCCAUUUCAACACAGGAAACAUCCUUACCUCUUGCAUCGCCUCUUGUCCCAGAGGAAGUACCAAUAUUACAAUCAAAGGAACGCUAUCUCACGUCAACGACGACUCAUCAAACCCGGACUCUAUGUUGCCGAUCAGAACCUUCCUCUCGCAAACCCAAAUCCUCUGGGAAAAAUCCUUGACAUUCGAAAAGAACGUCUACACGACCGCCCUAACGCUCGGCUAA